AUGUUUCCCAAAUCAAAUCAGGAAGAUGAGGACCUCGAGGUGAAGCGAUAUCGAAUUAAGGAAACAUCUAUUUCACAGUUCAUUCAGCGUCUCCUUUCAAACCCACAGAACACGAAUCUGGUGAGAUUAAGAUGUGGAUCAAAAGUUGAAGUUGCUGAUAUAGAUGAACCUAGCCGUUGCGAAUACUCUGCAUUGUUAACUACUCCAGCCCUUUGUCAAGAAGGAAGACUCAAGGAACUACAAGAUAAAUUAGAAGUAGUGAAAAUGGAACGACCACAAGGUAACAAUCUUGUUAAAUUAGAGGUGAAGAACACAUGGAUUUCUGUGAACCAUAUGAAUCAGAUGUUAAUGAUUAGGAAGGUAGAUCCGACUUUGGACAUGGAGGCUGAUGAAGGAGACUAUUACACACAUAUUCCAGUAAGAAACAAAGUUGGAUGA